AUGGUCGAGAGUCGCUUGUUUCUGGCCUCCUACGAGCAGGGUCCCGUCUUCAACAGGAGGCAAACCGCCGAACACAUAGAAUUUAUUCGACAUGGUUUCUUUCAGACAGUUGUGAGAACAUCCGAAGAAGCUCGCACCAUGCUUCGGAUUCAGGAGGCUGUUGCUUAUUAA